AACUUCUGGAAGAGUGAAUGUGUGGUGCUGCCACUGUGGGUGAUGACUGUCACUCCAUGUCCUCUUCCAUCUGUCCUUAGGGACCAGCUGGGGUCCCAUGACAGCCUAGGUUGCCACUGUGGCAACAGUAGUGAACAGCCGCACAGCUUUUACCAUUGUUCCUGCCACAGCGAUGACUCCACAGUGAAUGGAAAUGGGCCCAGCCCUCUGCCUGUGUAUGAGAAGCCUGAACCCCUAGCUGGACCUUGGGCUGUUCCAGAGGAAACCUCAACCCCAUCUGGAAACCAAGGUGAAGAACUUCUAGGAGACCCAAACCUUCAUUUGAAUAUUGAAGAAUCAAACAAGAAGUUCAUGUCAGAAAGUGAAGAACUGUACAACUCCCUCAUGAGCUGUCACUGGCAGCCUCUGGACACCGUCCUGUCUAAUGUCCCUGGUGAGCCUCACCCCCACUCCCCAAUAUGA